UUGUCCCUUCGACGGUUCAAUACUUCAAUCUGCGAACCAAACUGAAAGAUAUCUCAUACAUUUCACUUCUCAAGACUGUCUGUAGUAUCUAUCACUAAGAGCUGCUGCUACUGCCACUCUUCUUCUCUGUCAAUUUCCACCUAUAUUUGUUCUCCAGAUUUUCCUCUAUCCACCCAAACUGAGUAUUCUAUGUGUCUAUUCUUUGGUUUCUUCUGAUAUUUAGGGGGUAGCUUGAGUUAGGAUGGCUUUCUUUAUUCCGAUGAAUGUUUGUCCAUUUUCCAUUUCCAGCUCUACUAAGAAGACUCAAGACAGUGACGAAUAUACACUACAAUCAAAGAGUUCUGGUAUAUUAUCAUCUAAAGAAGAAGCAACUCGGCGCCAGCUUCUUGUUAGUCCUUUGGUUACACUUAUAGCAUUCAACUGCGGCUUAACGGUGCUACCAGCUUGCGCAAAGGAUGAAGAGUUUCAAGACAAGGAUGAAGGUGUGGCUGGGGCUAUUAAGUCCUUGUUUGAUCCAAAUGAGAAAACAAAGUCAGGAAAAGUUUUACCAAAGGAUUACUUGAAAUCUGCAAGAGAGGUGGUGACGACAUUGCGUGAAUCAGUAAAGGAAGACCCGAACGACAUGUCUAAGUUUAGACGAACAGCUGAUGCAGCAAAGGAAUCCAUCAGGGAAUACCUAGGUGGAUGGAGAGGACAAAAAUCAGUAGUCAAUGAGGAGUCAUAUGUUAUGCUAGAGAAAGCUAUUAGAUCUUUGGCCAGCUUUUAUUCAAAGGCAGGCCCAUCUGCUCCACUUCCAGAAGAGAUAAAGCUAGAGAUCUUAGAUGAUCUGAAUAAAGCAGAAGAAGCAUUGUAACAUGGGGUAUAUUCAAGGUGCACGCAAGCUGACUCGGAUAGGGACAAACACCACUAUUUAAAAAAAUACAUUCUAAAAUGGUUCUUGAUUUACAUAUUAAAAGAGGUUAAUGUGAUAUAGUAUCUUCUGUUGCACGAUUCUCACGAGUGAACACUCCUUUCUUUUUGAGUGAGAUAUGAGGACAUGCUCAACUAAUGUAGUCUAUUUGAUAAAGAUACAUUUUAUUGUAGUAUUUUUGAUUGCAUUUGUUUUUUUUUUCCCUUCUUUCCA